CUGUCUCCCAUCUUUGUUUAUAUCUCACAUAACCUUAUAGAAACCUUCUUAUUUCAUAUUAUGAUUUUUACUGAAAUUAUAAAAUGUCAGUGAUUGAAGUUUCCAGUUUGUGUAAUCAUGCAUUUAUUAAUGAACUGCGAGACAAAAUAUGUGCAGAAUCAACGAAAUGUAUGGAUCUUAUAGCCUAUGGCCAAGACAUAUUAUAUAUCUGGAAUAGUUUUGAUGCUUGUGUUCACGCCGUUAAUAUUAAACAAUCUAUUCGUGAUUCUGAUUUGAAUACUCAAGUAGUGCUACACCCUAUUCAAGGUAUUUCAUUCUCACCUGAAAGAUUGUUGUUAAAUUUUUCAAGCACUCUUUUAGCUUUGACCGCUAAUACUGAUGGCAAUUCUGGUAUAGCCGUUUUGGAUUUACCAGAAAGGUGGUCUACUAUACAUAAAUCUUUGAAAGUGAAAUGCACCAAUAUUGGAGAAAGGCUGUUUUUUGGAGAACAACAAACCCUUCGGCAGGCUAAGUGGCAUCCUGGGUCUCCUUCUGAUUCUCAUUUAAUUGUUCUUACAUCUGAUGAAUGCUUGCGGUUGUAUGACGUUUCUAAUGGAGAAGUUUUAUGGAAAUGUAUUUUAUCACAUAAAAGUAAACUUAGUACUCACACAAAUAUUCCUUCCAAAAUUUCAUUGGGUGAUACACCUAUAGAUUUCGAUGUUGGCCCACCACCUGUUGUUGAUGAUGCUUCUAAAAUAAAAUGGCCAAUCAUGGUGCUCUGGGGCAAUGGUGAUAUUUAUUGUGUAGAAACAGCAAUUGAAGAUGAUAGAGAAAGAAUUCCAGCCCAAGGGCCAUUACGUAUGUUUCCAAGUUCAGAUGAUAACUACGGAUCAGAUGCUAGUUCCAUUUUAGUACUACAUACAUUACCUCCUAUUGUAGCAUUUUCUACGUGUGUUGGAACAAUUUAUAAUUGCAUUUAUCUGAAUAAUGAUAGUUUUAAAUCUGAUUCUGAAAAAUCCUUAUGCGUUGUUGAGUGUAUAGAAUUAGAAGUUGGAAUAUCUUUGGGAGAUGACGAUGAAUUAGUAUCAUGUCCUAUUCAUUUAAUGAAAAAUCCUGUUGAAAAGUCCAUGUAUUUUUCUGUUCACAAAGCUGGAAUUCAUUCUAUUACUUUGCCUCUCGUUACCAAGCUUUAUGAGUUUUUAGAAAGCCCUGAAGUUGACUUUUCGCCCUAUACUAGUGAAAGUCUUGUGGAAUAUUUACUCUGUACCGGUGUUAACAAAGGAUCAUCUCUGACAGCUCUACCAUUGUUAGGUUGUGCAUUUGUAGAUUUGUCAUCAAGCUUACUAGUUUUACUUAACAAUCAAGAUCUUAUAAAUAUUAAAAUAACUCCUCAUAUUUUACAUUCCAUGCAGAAUUUGGAAACCUCAAUUGAUCGUAAUCAUGAAGAUGAUGGAUUUUUACUGCAUAUUCAGAAUAUUCUUAAAGAGCACGGCCCAGGUCCAGUUAUGAAAUUACCAGAUUCAAAUCCUAAAGAUAUAUAUAAUGUAAUUUAUAAAAUGAAACUGCAGUACAAGGCUACUAUGGAAGCCCAUGAAAAAGUGGCAAACAAGUUGGAAUCAAAAUCAACCACAUUAAUGGCUGCAUUACUUCAGCAACAGAAAGAUGUUAUAACUCUUGGUGAAGAAAAAGAAAAGCUAUUUACUACAGCUGUUCAAAUAGCGCAGAGAUAUCAAGAAAUAAAUGAAAAACAAAUGAGUUUAAUGUGUCGGAUGGAAAAUAUCAUGAGAAAUGUUUGCCUCGAUUCAAGAUUAACUGAAAAAGAACGCCAAGCUCUUACAUAUCUAGACGAUAUUCAUAGAAAGAUAUCUAUUUAUGAAGAUGAAAUAAGACGGAUACGGGUUGGCUGUAAACACCAAGAGUCCGUUUUAGAAGAAAGGGUUGUGAACAUGACUAAAAAAGGAAUUGAUUUAGGUAAUGUGAGAGGUAAAUUGAUUCGAAAACAGUUACACAACCUUACCACCAAAAUGUCAGAAGUAAUGAGAAAAAUAAAAGAUAUAGAAGAAGCUAUACCAGAGAUAAUGUUGCAGUCUUCUUUGUCAUUUGUAAGACUGAACUAAAUAAUAUUACAGUUUUGAUGUGUAACAUAUGCUUAAAUAGAAAGAGAAAAGUAUAAAGUAAUUUAUGUAUUUUUCUGAAAAAAAAGUAAUACAAAUUUUACUUUAAAAAAUAAAAAAAUAACCCACAUAAUAUGAGAUAUGUAAGUUGAAGGUUAGUUUUCAAUAUAAAAAAUAUUGCUAAAAUAAGUUAAAAAAUGUUCAUAAAAAGUUAUUCCGUUUCUAAUGAACCAUAUAUAUUUUUUUUCAGAUUUAUUAAAUAAGUUAAGUCUGCCUUUAAAAAGUGAUUAUAAAUUAAAAAUAACUAUGAAGAUGUAAAUAUUCAUCAUUUGACGUAAUAAAAGUGUAUAUAAUGGAAAAACUUUGUCGAUCUGUAUAUUUAUUGUUAAGCCAUAAAAUAGUUGUUAUGUUAUAUAAUAAAUAUAUUUUGAUUACAACAGUUAAAUGAUUGAAAUAUAAAUAUUGGAAAAUACUUUAGCUUUAAUACAAGCCCUACAAUUUAUUUUAGGUUAAUAGUUGUUGAUAAACAAAUAAAAAUAAUUCAUAUUAGUUUGUUGUAUACUAUCUUUUAGAUAAUAUGAGCUAUUUUAUAUUGAUUUUGAAAUAAUCUUUUACCAAGUUUGUUUUCAGUGUUUAGAAAUUAGUUUUUCUAUUUUGCGUUGUAGAGGUAGUUUUUGUAUAAAUAAUCAAAUAAAUCAAAGAUUAUACAUUA